AUGCCCCCACCACGUCCAGAGUUUGAGAACCCACCCGAUGUUCUCUACAACGAAACAGGUGCUAGUCGUUACACAAGCAGCACACGCGUCCAGUUGGUGCAAAGAGCCAUGACGGUGCGUGCACUGGAACUCAUUGGCAUCCCUUCUGGCCGACAAGCCUUGUUGUUAGACAUUGGGUGUGGAAGUGGCAUCAGUGGAGAUGUGCUUCGCUCGAUGGGGCACACGUGGAUUGGUGUCGAUAUCAGCAAAGACAUGUUGUUGCUAGCCAAGGAAUCGGAGCAAAAGGAAGAAGGAGAAAGAGAUAGUGAUAGGCAAAACGGGACAACGGACAUUGGUGGACAAAUUCAUAGCAAUGAUCUUAGAAAUGUGAAGUGGGGCCUUAUUACAGAAUCAGACGACGACAACAACAAUGAGGCGAGUAAUGAAGACGAAGACGAUGAUACGUUAACAGGUCCUUCAAUGGUUGAAGUUAUACGUGGAGACAUGGGUCAUGGUUUGCCAUUUCGUCCCGGGUCUUUUGAUGGGGCAGUCUCUAUAUCAGCAGUACAGUGGCUUUGUCAAAGUGACUGCCGCGGGCAUGUGCCGCAGCGACGUCUGCGUGCCUUAUUUCAAUCUCUUUAUAAUGCGCUCCACCGAGGCGCCAAGGCCGCUCUUCAGUUUUACCCAAGCAACAUUGAGCAGGUUCACAUGAUCACGCGUGCCGCCAUGUUAUGUGGUUUCACAGGUGGCGUCGUAGUCGAUUUCCCACACAGUGCCAAGGCGAAAAAACAUUAUUUGGUUGUACAGGCCGGUCAAGUUGCGGGUGGGUUUCUGCCUCGUUUACCAAUUGCUGCGUGCGGCAGUGAUGGGGAUCAAGAAGAGGAAUGUGAUGAAGGAGAAGAAGAAGAAAUUGGGAAUGAAUCCGAAUUAGGCGACGAAGACGGUGAUGAAAAACACAUGAAGGCUCGUGUGGGUGGUCGCAUGCGUGUGAAACAUUCCAGCUCCCACAGUGGCGGCUCAGCGUGCAAGCGACGCCGGAAGGACAAUCGUCCAGUCACAGGUUCAAAGGACUGGGUGCUGCUUAAGAAAGCUGAACGCCGAAAGUUUGGUCUUCCAACAACAGAGGACUCCAAGUAUACCAUGCGGAAGCGCCGGCCACGGUUUUAA